GCAGUCCGGUAAAAUAGCUCAGCUGAGGCUUCGAUCAGUUUCAGGUGACUCAGACUGAUGCAGUUUUAACGCAGUAACCGAAGUUUAGUUUAGUCACGUAGUCGGUUUUGACGAUCCACGGAGGACAUUCAGCCACCGAACUUCCUGGAAACGACACGAAUAUCGAACCGUCGAGGUAAGCAUGGCGCUGUCUUUGUCCUCACCAUGUGGAUUGCACUCGGAUGAGGAGGAGGAUAUGGCAGUGUUUGAGUCGACAGCAGCAGAGCAUGGAGGCCUGGGUAGACCACGUCUACCUGAGCUCUCUGUUAUUUCUCCUGGCCUGGACAUCCGCCCAUCCAUUGCAGGACCGAAAUUAGCAGUGAAACGUGGAAGCUGUGAUGAAGGGAGCGCAGAGCGAGUCAAGGUUUUUCUGCGCAUCAGGCCGCUUACUAACACUGAGAGAGACAGAGGAGAAGAGCAGGGUUGUGUGGCUGUUCAAGAUGAGGAGACUCUGCUGCUCAAAGCUCCAAAGGAGUCUCAGAACAUGAGGGCAGCAGAAAGGGGCAUCGCCCAGAGCAUUCACAAGUUCAGUUUUUCGAAGAUUUUUGGUGCGGAGACAACACAGCAACAGUUUUAUGAGAACACAAUGAAGAAGAUGGUAAAAGAUGUGCUUCAGGGAGAAAACAGACUCCUUUAUACUUAUGGUGUCACCAAUUCUGGAAAGACUUACACUGUUCAGGGCACUGGUCGAGAGGCUGGCCUGCUGCCUCGCGCCUUAGCGUCUCUGUUCAGGAAACUGCAGGGCCGUCUCUAUGCUGCCAUGGAUCUGAAGCCUGUCAUGUCUCAGGAUGUGAGGCAGCUUGGCCCCGGUGAGGUCAAAGUGGAGGAAAUCCGCAGAAACUCUCUGCUUAAAGAGGAUGAGACUUCUCGUCGAGGUGGUACCACUACAAUCUGGGACAGCGGCAUUGGAGGCCUCUCCUCUACAAGCAACAUUGCCAACCAGCUUGAAGACACUGACAGUGUUUGUCUGGAGCCGGACAGCCUUUCCCACAGUGGAGGGGACGACCUGGAGGAAGGGGUGCAGUUUUCCAUCUGGGUGUCCUUCUAUGAGAUCUACAACGAGUUCCUGUAUGACCUGCUGGAUGCAUCGCCCUCCCUGCAGCCCCGGAAAAGAGCCACCUUGCGGCUUAGUGACGACAAGCAGGGCAACCCCUAUGUGAAAGACCUCACCUGGAUCCAGGUUCGCAGCGCUGAGGAAGCUUGGAAGGUUUUGAGGGCCGGACGUCGCAACCAGAGCUUCGCCAGCACUCACCUCAACCAAAACUCUAGCCGCAGCCAUAGCAUCUUCUCCAUCCGUGUCCUGCACGUCCACCCAGAGGCAAGUUCAGGCAAAGCCAUGCACAUCAGCGAACUGACUGUGUGUGAUUUGGCCGGAUCUGAACGCUGUAAAGAGCAGCGUAACGGUGAGAGGAUGAAGGAGGCCAACAACAUCAACACCUCCCUCCUAACACUGGGGCGCUGUAUUGCUGCCUUGAGGCACAACCAGAAUAACAAGUCACGACCUCCUCAAGUGGUGCCCUUCAGAGACAGUAAACUGACUCGGGUCCUGCAGGGUUUCUUCUGUGGGCGGGGAACCUCCAGCAUGGUGGUCAACAUCAAUCCAUGUGCCUCCAUCUAUGACGAGACCCUCCAGGCCCUCAAAUUCUCUGCUAUUGCCACCCAACUUGUCCACGGCCCGUCCACAAAGACCAGAGUGGCCUACAUCCUGUCUCUACUUCGUGAGCCAACAGCAAACGGUAAUGAAAGCACGAUGAUGGAGGAGGAAGAGGAUGACAGCGAUAUCGAAGAUGGAGAUAUCACCAUGUUAAAUACUGAGGCUUUGCUGCAGGCCAUCGAUGUCCUGAAGAGAGAGGUGCACCGCCAGCGGGAAGAGAAAGAAGUUCUAGAGGCAAAUGUGAGAGAGCAGGUGGUGUCUGAGAUGAUGGAGGUCAUCUCUGGAAUGCAAGAUGGAUUCAGUGAGACCUUGGAGGCGGAGAGGGCUCUAAUUGAAGAGAGGUACGAGGACAAGAUAACUAAUCUGCAAAAACAUCUGAAGAAAUUCUACAGCCAGGAGCUGAAGGAGCGCGAUCAGGAGAUUGAAGCUUUGUCUGCUGCCCUUGAAAAAAAGAGGGAAGGUGAAACAGUUCCUGUAACAGUGCCGGCGAGAGACUCUGAGGAACCUCGACGUUCUAAGCGCCUCACUACUCAGACUGAACUUGGCAGACUGCAUGUUGAUCUUGACCAGUGUCGCGCUGAGCUGCUUACCAAAACACAAGAGGUGACAAGGCUGAAGAUGCAGCUAGAAGUACCAGGUUCAACUGGCGCCCUCACCGCUGCCGCUGACCGCAAGCUGGAGGAGGGUCAACGGAACCUGCGUCAGCUGCGUCUGGAUUUGCAGAGACUCGGAACAGACCUGCAGUCUGGUGAAAGAGCCUGCUGUCGCAACACAGGAGGAGAGAGGCUGCGUCACGCAUUAGCGGCUGCAGAUGAGACCCUAGUCAAACAGGACCAGAUCCUGAUGGAGCUCCAGAAUGGUCUGACGCUGGUUAAAGCUGACUUAAGGCGGAAAGCAGAGGCCCUGGCCCAGACACAGGCCGUCCGUCUGCCACCUGCAAGUUUUGCUGCCUCCAACGCAAUGGGUUCCUGCAAGAAGAGGGGCUGUGGGGCCGCAACACCUAGCGAAACUGAAAACCGGCCUCCGCAAAAACGUCCCUUUUUCCAGUCUCUGUUCCCAACAUGUACCCCGACACGUAAAUACAACACUCGUGCUGCCGAAGAAGCAAACAUCACUCCCUACUCACGGAUCUUGCGGUCUCGCCAGCCGUCUCCACCUCGCAGCCCUGUUCUCACCCCUCGUACUCUCAGGGGGAAGUACUGAGCUCUGCAGAGCUUUAAAGAAAGUUUCUUCCUGGUUUUAUGCAAAAAAGUUAGAAUUGCUGGGAACUUUAUAUUAUUUUUAUAUCUUUCUUGUAUCGAUCACUGUUUUGCAGUGCAGUUCGCUCACUGUCAUUCAAAAUAGUUAUAUUGUUUGUGCCAGUAAAACAAAUAAUGCUUUAAGAGUUGCAGUAAAGGUGCUCGGUAGCUAAAAGGACUGUUAAUGAAAACAGUGCAUGUGUGUAAUUAAUCUUCUCUGCAUGCCUUUGCUGUAAGUAGUUUUAUUCACACUGAGUAGUCCAAGUACAGUCACAUUUUAAACUGUACUAAAUUCUGUUUUAUUUACUGAGGUGUUUUUAUACUGUACAUGUGCUGAAAAAUAAAAAAAAAGCAGUCUUUGCA